AUGAAGACCGUCUGUGUGCAAUGUCGUGUGCGGAAGCCCAAAGGAGACGGGCUCACAGCAGCCCGUGACCCUCCACGCCUGCCGCCAAAGUACCGCGGCGCGCAUGCCUGUGUACAGUGUCGUGCCAUGAAAGUUCGAUGCUCAGGGGAAUCACCCCGCUGUGCUAACUGCACUCGACGAGGUCGGCUGUGCUCAUAUCCUGCCAUUGGUGUCUCCAAGUCCAAAUCCCAGCCCGGGUUCAACGUCUCCGAGUCCAGCUUCACGCCCGGGCCGCCAAGCGAGAGUCGCGCAUUGGACAACACGCCUACGCAUACUCUCUCCGACUCGGAUUCGGGAGCGGCAGUUCUGACAUGGGACCAGGACUUCGAUCACUACUUCAGCCAUCUACAUUGCCUCCCCGCCUACAGCUUCCUGCACGAGGCUACUGUGAAGAAGAGAUGCCGUGAAAGGACUAUUAACCACGCGCUGAAGCUCUCCCUGUGUGCCAUCACGGCCCUCGUACACAGCCGACAUUCAGCUUACCGAGAGAAAUGGGCACACGAGAGCGAGCACCACAUCCUGGACCGAUUGGAGGAACCCUCCAUCUUUCACCUUCAAGCAUUGCUGCUGGUUAUUCGUUAUAGGGCAGAGUCGGGAAAACCCAGGAGGGCCUUUAUGCUCGCGGGGCUCGCCGCACGCUCAGCCGUUGCUCUGCGGCUCAACUACGAGCAUCCCGAGCUCGACCAGGUGGCACAGGAGGUGCGGAGAAGGACAUUUUGGUCCCUCUACCUCCUUGAGGAUGUUUUCUGCGUGGGCCUGAAGGAAUUCGAGCUGUGCCGGCCUGAAAUCAUCCAAUUCCAACUGCCCUGCGAGUACCCCGAAUUCGGGGACCAAAAAGAAGCCACAACGAGUUUUCUUCAACCGGGAAUGGGACUCGAGCCCGACACUCUCGGGUCCCGGGGCAUAUAUGUGAAGCUUGCAUUUACUCGACGGUCCAUCAUGAAGUUGAACCGACAGAUAUACCUCAAGGAAAUUGAUCAUACGGGUCUUUUCUGCGCAAUCGAGCAUUUCCAGUCAGAUUUGCGCCGCAUCUCCUCCCAAUUCACCCCGGAUGACCAGUACCCGCCCACAAGUCCAGCCGAUUUUGAGUGGCGGCCCCGAUAUGUCAUGAUGCAUAUGUCAUUUCGUCAAUGUCAGUGUGAUCUAAACAUUGAGGGAAUUAAACCCCGCGAUGUUAGCACAAUGAGACACCGCUGUCUUAAGAACGCUGAGGAAAUACUUCAGAUCCUCUCGUACUAUGACCAGCAUGCAGACGUCGAGCAGGUCCUAGAUUUUGAUGCAGCCGUCUGCACAUACCAUGCUGCUCGUCUCGUUCUUUUUGGAACAUUCAGCGGGACUGGUGACUCGAGUUCCUCCAUGGAGACAGCCAUCAGCAAUGCAGAGCGCAGUCUAGACAUUCUCUCAAGACGCUUUUCGUUCUCCGCAGCAGUUGAGCCAAUGCGUGACGACCUAUCCAGGCUGAUCGAAAGCUACAAAGGGCUUGCCCGCUCUCCCGGUGAAGCCGUUCACGACAUUGAACAAGGUCCAAGAGCGGCACCCGGAGUCUCCAAAGCUGCUGUUGCCAGGCAGAGGCUCUCUGUGCAUAGCCUUCUUCUCCGGUCAGAUUUUGUCGAUGACAGCCGCGAGGCCGCCACUGAGCCAUCCAGGGAGGUAUCUGCAGAACAGUGGAGAGAGAGGUGGACUUACACAUCGGCCCAUCCUCCGGUAUCGAGUGCACCAAUCAGCUUCUAG